AUAUAAACCGUAUAUAAACUUUUGUCGACUAAUGUAUUUAUUUUGCAAACAAGUUUCACUUCAAAGUAGAUGAACUACUGUUUUCACUUUAAAACGAAAAUAUUACUUUUUUUCUUUUCUAUAAUUAUAUAUAAGUCUCUCAGCAGCAACGCACACGAUGCCGAUGUCACGGAUAAAGCAGCUAACCUACAAUCAAGGAAAUCUGAGCAGGAUAACAUGGAAAUAGGAUACCAAAUUCACUUAUUAGACAAAAAUGAUCCUACGUACUCUGGGAACAAUUCUAUCCCGUCAGACUCUCUUGUUUACAAAGUCUUUGCUGGAUAUCAGUCAGGAAAUGAAAUGAAAGAAGUGACACCACAAAUGAGGCAGUAUAAAAAUGGAAACAUUAUCGCUGGUGCUGGUUAUUCAGGAGAUACGCAACAAAUAGUUCCACAAGUAUGUUACAACGCAACUGUGUCAUCCACUUCUGAACAACAAGCGUACAUUCAAUUAGAUACUUCAAUAUCUUAUUUAGAAUUAGAAAGUAAAUUGGGAAUAUCUGUAAGUAUUAGUGGAAAGUAUGAAAUGUUCUCUGCAGAAGCAAAAGCAAGUUACAUAAGAUCUGUUCAAGAUAGGGAUUAUGCAACAUCAUUAAAUUAUUAUGAGUACGCUACAAAUAAUGUCGCAGUACAACUUGCUGGGUAUGGUGAUAAAGCAUUGACUGAAUCUGGGAAAGGUUUUUAUAACGAUGGUAAAAAUCCAUAUUUCGGGCUGUUGUGUGGUGAUCAUUAUAUUACUUCUUAUCAACAGGGCGCAUUAUUGAUCAUGGGGCUGAAUAUUAAAUUUAGCAAUUCUCAGGAAAAAAAAGAAUUUGAAGCAAAAGUUGGUACUGCGUUUGGCAAUAUUGUUAGCGCUGCAGAGAAAAUACAAAGUAUUUCUACUAUGUACAAAAUUAGUGGUUCUGUUGUAAUACAAGCCUUUCAAAUUGGAGGAGAACCUAGUCAAAUUUCUAAAAUAUUAAAUAAAGAUAGCACUGGUCAGUACUAUGCUCUGACAUGUAGUCUGUUAACAAUGGCUAACUGUAUAAAAGCAGCCAGUGGUUUAUUGGAUUAUGGAAAAGAUGAAUUUUCAAAACAAUUUUCUUUUAAAAAUAAUACAGGAUUAACACCACUUGGUAUUGCUUUUAGUCAGUACUAUCCAAUUGAGUAUAUUGGUCUUAUUUCUCCUGCCUCUUUAGUCACUACAGAAGUCAUAAAAUAUCGCGAUGAACUAACUAGUAAACUCAAGGAAAAUGAUUACUAUCAACAAAAACUUUAUCCUUUUUUUAAUAUGGGAUAUCCGAUAGAGUUAGAAGCUGCCUUUGUUAAUAACGCAAAUUCAGUACUUUCUAAAGCAAAUAAUAAUAUACGUAUACUAAUGAAAGCACAUAAAGGAGCUGCUGAUUGUUUUAAUUUACCAGAUAAAUGCAAAAGCAUAAAAGAUAGUAUAGAUUCGCAACUUGAAAAUAUUACAAUAAGUGAUUUAAAAUUUUUAGAAUAUAUAAAAUAUACAAUCACUAUUUUUGGUGGUAUGUUAUACAAUAAAGGCAGAAAUCAUGACACAUAUUCAUGGGUUGCUGUACCUAAUAAUAAACCUGGUCAAGAACGACUUCAGAAGGUUAAUUAUAUAUUUAUUACAGAUAAAAAAUUAGAAUAUGAUACUGACAAUCAUAUUCCAGUAACUUCAGAUUUAUAUCAAGUAAAAUUUACAGGCGACAUAAAUUCUAGCGGUACACAAUAUGUAGGCACUAUGUGCUCUCGAGUUAAAAGAUUUGAUUGGAAUCCUUGUCAGAGAGGUUAUCCAGAAAGAAAGUUAAUAUCUCCAUUUUUCUUUGAGGCUUACAAUAUUACUCUAUUAAUCGAUUAAAGAUUAUUUAUAUAUAUAUAUAUUAUUUCUAUAUAUCAAUAUAUCAAUGGUCGAGAAACUUCUUCAAGAAGCUUGUCCGCAGCACAAUUUAUUAUAUAAAUAUAUAAUAAUAAUAUUGUUAAGCGACCUUUAUAUGGGUCAUAGAUCUAUUCUUCUUAAUUGACUUGGCCAAAAUUCAUACUCUAAAUUAUACAUAUUCUUCUGAACAACCUGAUGCAGUCAAUUGUGAAGCAUAUAAAUGCUCCAAAUGGCCUGACAUGUAGUCAAUUUUUAGAAAUAACCACAAACACUUAUUAAUUGUUUAUUGAAAAUAUCACUUACCUUGAUACACAAAACAAACAAUUCUUAGCAAAAUUAUAAAAUUUAAUGUUUAUAUUAAAGUUUAGAAUAGAAAUUAAAAUAAAAAUAAUACUUAAACUAAUCAAUAAAAAUACAUAUAACAUUUAUUUAUCUUUAACAUUAAAACGAAUAUGUAUUAUAGUCCGAGUUGUACGACCAUUUCAAUUUCAAAAUAAAU